GCUAUGUAGCCAGCACGCUAAUAUAGUCUCGGCUGGAUAGCUGCUAACAUCAGCAGGCCGCCAUUGGAGAGUGGUGGUGCGGUUUGUGUGGUGCUGCCGCAGUAGAGGAGCUUCAGGUCCGGAGCCAACAUUAACCCUGCUCCCUCACACUGCUCCUCAAACACUAACCUGUGCGCUUUCCUAUCCCAAUACUGGUUUUCUAACUGCGUUUGGUGUGAGAUUUGUGUUCAGCCUGGAUUCUUAUGUCUGGUCACUGACUAGAGCACCAACGAGCAACUGCCCCCAAAAACGAUCUAUAUCCCCCGAUUCCCUUUUGUGUCAUCGUCCGGCAAGAAAACGGAGGUCGUGGGGUUGGAGUGUGUUCUCAUGGCCGAGUCAGAGACUGAAUGUGACACGCCGGGCCUUGACACACUUGGGUCGGAGUGUGUCAUAGCCCACAGCCAUGUCGACCUUCACUAUGGAGCAGAAACGGAGAUCAUGACAGAAGAAAAGCGUGGAUUAGAGCUGGAGAUCCACGGCUCAGACUUAAAGAUCCAGGGACUGGGUACGGAGCUCGGAGCUGUAGCCUGUGUGGAUGCAAUUGUAGCCGAAACAGACCAUGAUUACAUUAAGGUGGAACAUGGUGACAUGCACUGUUUCACGGGUGCAGAAAUCAAGACGUCAGGAGGGGAGACUCUGCUGGGAGAGGUGCUGCUUAAGGCGGAAAGCGAGCAUGUGGUGAAAGUGGAGUCCGAUCAUGGCGGGGAGUUGACAGUGGAGUCUGAGAAUGGUGUAAUCAUACAUGAAGCCCAUGGCCUGCAGUGCAACGAAUGCGGGGAGAUUUUUGGCAGCAUAGCCGAUCUUCACCAACACUUUGAGAUCCACAAGGACCUCAACCCUUACAUCUGUGUCCACUGUGGUGAGAGCUUUGCUGUGGAGGCCAGCCUCAAACAGCACAUGAAGAUUCACAUGAAAGAAAAGCCCUAUGUUCCUCCUGGAGUUGAGAUUAUGGGAAAAGAUGUUAUUGAUGCCUUCAGCCUCAAGUCUCAUCAGAUGAUUCAUUUGCCAGACAAGCCACACAGAUGCUCGGAGUGCGGUAAGAGCUUUGCAGCUGCGAUCACCCUGAGAGAGCACAUGAAAAUGCAUUCAGAGGACAAGCCCUACAAGUGCACCCAGUGUAGGAAGAGCUUUGUCCGCAGAAGGCAUUUGAAAAAGCACCAGGAGGUCCAUGCACGUGAGAAGCCAUAUACCUGUGGCCAGUGUGGCAAAGGCUUCGCCACAACUUCCAACCUGAAGCAGCACCAGAAGACCCAUGCUGCCGUCGUGCUCGGAGACAAACCCCAUCGAUGCACACAAUGUGGAAAAUGUUUUGCGGCUGCUGCCACUCUGAGAGAGCACCAGAGGAUCCACUCGGGUGAGAAGCCGUACAAAUGCAACAUGUGCAGGAAGAGUUUUGUCCGCAAACGCCAUCUGAAGAAGCACCAGCAGGUCCACGCCGGAGGAAAGCCCUACACCUGCAGACAUUGCAAUAAGGGCUUCAAUCACUCCUCUUCUCUCUCUCGCCAUCACAAGACCCACCUGCAGAAUCCAGUGUUUUCUCCACCGCAGCCUGGGAAAACCUUGACCUACGGCACUCCCCCAAAGCAGAGGGUGCACCAGCAGGGAGACAAGCCCUACAUGUGCCACCACUGUGACAAGGGCUUCAAUCAUUCCUCUUCCCUGUCCCGGCACCAAAGAGUCCACUCAGAAGGAAAGAGCUACACCUGCGCUCACUGUGGCAAAAGAUUCAAUCACUCCUCCUCCCUUGCUCGGCAUCAGAGAGUUCACUUGGAGAACAAACAGCAGCAGCAGCAGCCACAAUCGCCACAGCCGCAACCGCAGCAGUACAGCCCCAUCCCCACACCGAAGGGAUUCCCAAACAACGCCUUCCCAAAACAGCGCAUCCUGUCUGUUGACAAACCGUACAGGUGCUCUCAGUGUGGAAAAGGCUUUAACCAUUCAUCUUCCCUCUCCAGACAUCAUAGGAUCCAUGUAGACCAGUGAGCACCCCUUUCCCCUUUGUUAAUGAUGUCCCAUGCAAGCGAAAAACACCCCUGCUGCCCCUUCCCUUGUUUUCUGUUCCACCAAUGGUCCCAUCCUUGACAUUACCACACCAACAUCAGGCCUAGUUCUAUAGACAACAGUGGUCAGGUCAGCACAUUGCUAUAUUGAAGUGGAGCAGAUGACAAUAAAAGGACAGUAACACAAGUCUUCGACAAGAGGAAAGACUGUGUAACCUAUAAUUCAGAGCUGAACCCAGGACUUUGUGCUCAGUAUGAAGAGGGUAUAAUAAUAGAUUGUGAAGGAGCCUCUAUUCUUGUUUGUGAUUGUGCUUCACUUGCUCCAGGACCUCUUUUGAACACUUUUAAAUGAAAAAAAAAAAUGUGAUUUGGUGAUCUAAAAAAAAAAAUUGUUACCUGGGGAAAGUGUGCUUCACCCUCUGGUUAGUCUUUUUGAUAGAAGAAUUGAGUUUAUGUACCUUUUCAGGUGGGCACAUGCGCUUUUCAGCUGCAACUUUAUCCAAGGCUACCAACACAAUUAAACAAUAACUUCUUGUUUUGAUUUAAAUAGUUAUUUCUUUUCACACACAUAAUAACCCAUGUGAAGCAAACAUCAAAAAUCCAAUGUAAAUACUUAAUGAUUUUCUUUUAUAUAUAUAUGUAUAGGUGACUAGUGUGCUGUUCCAAAAGAUUACAUUUUUGAUAGUAAGGUCCACUUUGUCUCCACCCUUUUUUCCUUCAUUUUUAUCAGUUUAAUUUGUUUUAAGUGUUGGAGAUAAACAUGUUGCAGGUGUUCUCAUGCAGCUUGUUUUUUGAAUUUGGGCUCCAUCAGACAUGAGCCAUCUUGUAUAUUUAUAAGGUUGUUUUCUUGUAUGUCUACGAUGGGUUAGCACUGCUGCAUCGACUGUACAGAGAGCAAUAUUGGCCAACGCCCUGAUUCUACUAUGACAUGCAAUUUAGCCAUUAGUAAAUGCAUAAUAGAAAAUAAAAACCUACUGGGUAGCAUAUUACAACAUGACCUGUGUCCUAAUUAUUUACCGUGCAGUUUCCUCUGUACCCCUUGCACCAAAUGUACACGAAAUCCAACAUCACGCUUUGUUUAUUGCUUUGGAGACUAAUUCAAUUACCUGUAUAUAGAAUAAAGGUAACUCUUGCUCAUGUUGGUCCGCCAACUAUCACAAUUUGAUCUAAAAAAAUGUGUGUAUACUAAAAGACUACAUGAGAAAAUCUCACUUUUACAAGACUUAAAAGAUUUUUUCCGAAUUCCAGUGGAUUGCGCUCUAUUUACUGUUCUGUGUAAGAUAUCUUUUACAAACUGAUGUAUUUUUUUAGAUAUGGCUUGGGUUAUAUGAAAGGGAAUGAGAGAUAUACAGUUUUUAUGGGAGUGAACAUUACGGUGAGCAAUAUUUUUUCUUUUUCUUUUCUUUUUGGAUAACAAUUGUGCUUCAAACUGUAGCAUAGGUUUCUUCCUUGUGUUUAGAUAGGUGCCUUAUUGCAUGCUAUGUAGAAAUGUAUGCCGAGCUGUUUUUUCGAGGAAAAAAAGUUAGGGUUUUCAGGAGUCUUUUGUUCUUAUUCAUACUAACUUACCCUAAAAUUUAAUUUGUUGUCACUGAUACCUAUUGCUUUUUUGCUUUCAUGUAUAUUACCAUGUGUUUACACUGUUACGACCAUAUUGUCUUUAUUUUUUUUCCCCUUCAUUUUUUGUCGAUGGCCUCAUUGUAGAGAGAAAUUGUAAAUGAUCCAUAUAAGCUUCUCUUAAGGGUAAAUCCUGUAACACCUUCCCAGUUUGAGUGGCACAUAUAUGGACAAAUAAAGGUUGUUGACUCUC